AUGGCGGGGACCCUCACCCGGCACAGCUCGGCCGCAGUGCACCCACGGUACGAGCGGGGAUCUGCCACCAACUACAUCACCCGCAACCGGGCGCGGAAGAAGCUGCAGCUGAGCCUGCCCGACUUCAGGCGCCUCUGCAUCCUGAAGGGGAUUUACCCCCACGAGCCCAAGCACAAGAAGAAGGUGAACAAAGGCUCCACGGCAGCCAGGACUUUCUACCUCCUCAAGGAUAUCAAAUUUCUCCUUCAUGAGCCCAUCGUCAACAAGUUCCGGGAGUAUAAGGUAUUUGUCCGGAAGCUCCGGAAGGCAUACGGGAAGAGCGAGUGGAGCACCGUAGACCGGCUGAAGGACAACAAGCCUAGCUACAAGCUCGACCACAUUGUGAAGGAGAGGUACCCAACCUUCAUAGACGCGCUGCGAGACCUGGACGAUGCCCUCUCUAUGUGCUUCCUCUUCUCUACCUUCCCGCGGACGGGCAAGUGCCACGUCCAGACCAUCCAGCUCUGCCGGCGCCUGGCCGUGGAGUUCCUCAACUAUGUCAUCGCCUCCCGCUCCUUGCGCAAGGUCUUCCUCUCCAUCAAGGGCAUCUACUACCAGGCCGAGGUGCUGGGGCAGCCCGUCACCUGGAUCACCCCUUACACCUUUGCCCAUGAUCACCCCACGGACGUGGAUUACCGUGUGAUGGCCACCUUCACUGAGUUUUACACCACCCUCCUGGGCUUUGUCAACUUUCGCCUCUACCAGUCCCUCAACCUGCUCUACCCCCCCAAGAUCAACGGCCAGGCUGACACUGAGCUGAAGCCUGCAGAGGGCAAGGAGUACGCCAUGGAUUCGGAGAGCUACCUGGAGAAACUGUCGGCUCUGAGCGCCAGCCUGGCCCGUGUGGUGGCACCGACCCACGAGGACGAGGUGGAGAUGGAUGAGUUCCCGGUGGAGGGGGAGACGGCGGAGCAGAUGGACGCGAGGAAGAAGGAGCAGGAGGCCCUGGAGAAGCACAAAAAGCUGUUUGAAGGGCUGCGCUUCUUCCUCAACAGGGAGGUGCCUCGAGAGCCGCUGGCCUUCAUCAUCCGGUGCUUUGGUGGCCAGGUCUCCUGGGACAAGUCCCUGUGCAUCAGUGCCACCUAUGAUGUGAGCGAUCCCUCCAUCACCCACCAGAUUGUUGACCGGCCCCGGGUGGAGCAGCAGGUUGUUGGCAGGUACUACCUGCAGCCUCAGUGGGUCUUCGACUCCGUCAAUGCCAAGCUCUGCCUCCCCGUGGCCGACUAUUUCCCUGGCGUGCUGCUGCCCCCGCACCUCUCGCCCUUCGUGACGGAGCAGGAAGGAGACUACGUCCCUCCUGAGAAGCUGAAGCUGCUGGCCAUGCAGAGGGGCGAGAACCCAGAUGAAGAGAGUGAGGAGGAGGAGGAUGAAGAAGAGGAGGAAGAGGAGGACGACAAUGACAAAGAAGAGGGGGAGGAGGAGGAGGAGGAGUCUGAAAAGGAAGAGGAGAUGAAAUUAAAGAAAAUGGAAGAGCAGAAGACUCAGAGCAACAAGGCACUUCCCGUGAAGGUGACCGCUGGCAAGCUGCGGCUGGAGGACAAGCAGCGCCUGGAGCAGGAGCAGCAAAGCGAGGAGAAGCGCCUGGCUAUCAUGAUGAUGAAGAAAAGGGAGAAAUACCUCUACAAGAAGAUCAUGUUUGGCAAGAAGCGCAAAGUCCGAGAGGCGAACAAACUCGCUGCAAAGAGGAAAGCCCACGACACUGCUGUCAAAGAGGAGAAAAAGAAGAGCAAGAAGGCACGACGAGCGUGA